AUGGCCAUCGCCCUCCUUGCCCAUGCCUCAGGGCCGGCCCUGGCUUCUACUUUGGGCUGGCGUGGGGGAAGGGAUUGGGUGUGUGCCCCGGCCGUGGUCGCCCCCAGGGUACCGGCCCCUUCCUUGGCCAGAUCAACAGCCGUGGCCUCCACCGCGGCCCCAUCAUCAAUCGUGGCCCCAGCUCCCAGGGUGACGCCUGUGGUGGGGGGUCGCAAGACGCUAGCUCAUAGGACCGUGCCGGCCUCCCCAACAUCUCGACCGUCCACUGCUGCUGCCCUGGGUCGCAAGAGGAGUCGAGAGACGGCGGGUAUCGAGGCCGUGCCGGCCCAGAGUGCCGCGGCCGAAAGGGCGGCCGUGCAGCGGCCGAGGAAGAGGACCCUUUUUACCUCCUCGGAGGGCAGAGGUGAAGAGGAGGCUCCCUUCGCGACUGUGAGUGAGGCCCUCCCCGUGAUCGACGUGGUAAUAGUCGAGGAGGAGGCCACGGUCGAGGUGCCGUCCAUGAUGGAAACAGCUGCUGCCCUCAUGGUGGCCGAGGAAGUGGGAGGGGCAACGGUUGAGGAGGCGGCCGCUGCCGAUGAAGGGGCCGAGGCGCAAGAUGUUGAGAUGGCGCCCGCAGAGGUGCCGUCCGCCGAGGAGGCUGCAGAGGGGGCGACCGAAGAGAUCGCCGAGGAAAUCGCCGAAGAGGCCCCCGAGGGAUCUGCCGAAGAGGCCGCCGAGGGAUCUGCCGAAGAGGCUGCUGACGAGGGCGGCGAGGAGGCCAAUGAAGAGGCCGCCGAGGAAGUAACCGACGAGGCCGCUGAAGAACCUGCUGUGGACGUGCCAAGUGGGCCUUUGACGUCCGCCCCUCGUCGCCCAAGCGGCAUCUCCUUUCGCUCGCCUCCCCAAUCGUCGCCGCCGCUGGCCAUGGUUGCCGCUACCAUGCCGCCUAUGCCGCCGCUCCAGGACUCAACGGUCGUGGCCGAGCCAGUGAUGACUAGAGCCACGGUCGUGAGUGUGCCGAGCCUCCUGCGGACUACUUCGGCGGUGAUGACCGACCUUUCGCUCCCCGAAGCCACCUCGUCUGAUGAUCUCGAGGAGCUAUACGCCAGCCUCCAUGAGGAAGGGGGAAGCUCGGCCUCGGCUCCUUUGGACGAGGAUUCCAAGACCGUCAUCGAACAGCUCCGGGAGUUCCUUCUCCUUGACGUUCGGCCGAGGGGAUGGCCGAGGGGAGCUCGCUCGAACAGGAUCUGGAGGUGA